UGCGUGUCUGCUGGAGGGCUCACGCCCCCCUUCUUACGUACAUUGACCGGGGGAGCUUCUAGGAGGGGUUGUUUACUGACGAAAGCGAAAAGUUAGGCACGUAGAACACUUAACAGAUCUUUUUGGUUUUGGAAAACAGUUCACCGCUGCAAACGGCAGUCACGGUUGCUGACUGGAGAGCAAGAGCGCUCGGGGAAGCGUGAUCAACAAUGGGGAGCAUUUCUGUUGAAACAACAGCCACUACGGGGGAGCCGGCGCUGGGCUGGCAAGAAGCUCUACCGAGUUUUAAACCAGGAGCCGAACCGAACCAUCUCGAGGUCCGCUCUGUAAAACGAGAUUACCACCACAGGGUUUUUGUCAACCGGAGUCUAAAUUUGGAAAAUAUCAGAUGCUAUGGCUUUGACAUGGACUACACUCUGGCCAUGUACAAGUCCCCGGACUACGAGGAGCUGGGAUACGAGCUGCUGAUGGAACGGCUGGUGAGCAUCGGCUACCCCCACGAGCUGCUGCAGUACAAGUAUAACCCCAGCUUCCCAACACGCGGCCUGGUGUUCGACAACUCCUUCGGUAACCUGCUGAAGGUGGACUCCCAUGGCAACAUCCUAAUCUGUGUGCACGGGUUCAGAUUUCUCAAAGGAGAGCAGAUCGAGGACUAUUACCCGAACAGGUUCAUCCAGAGAUACAACACUGAACGAUUCUAUAUCCUCAACACACUCUUCAACCUCUCAGAAACCUACCUGUACGCCUGUCUCGUUGACUUUUUCACCAACUGCUCCAGAUAUGUAAACUGGCAGACGGGAUACAAACACGGCGACCUCUUCAUGUCCUUCAAAAGCAUGUUCCAGGACGUGCGUGACGCCAUGGACUACAUGCACGAGACCGGCACUUUGAAGAAGAAGACGCUGCGGAACAUGGAGAAGUACAUUGUCAGAGAUGAACGUCUCCCGCUCCUCCUCACUCGAAUCAAAGAGGUGGCCAAAGUGUUCCUGGCUACCAACAGUGACUACAGCUACACAGAGGCCAUCAUGGAAUACCUGUUAGACUUCCCUCAGUUCCACAAGGUAAGCGACAGAGCGUAUCACUUUAAACCUGAGGGUUUGCUAUUUCAGAGACAGACACAAAAAAGAUAUCACAUACGAAUAAUAAUAAUAAUAAUAAUAAUAAUAAUAAUAAUAAUAAUAAUAAACCCCAUUUCUGUAUUUCAGCCCGGGACACCCAAGCGCUCUUGGCGCUCCUACUUCGACCUGAUCGUCGUGGAUACCAGGAAGCCUUUGUUCUUUGCUGGUGGGACUGUGCUGAGGCAGGUGGACACGGACACAGGGAAGCUGAGAAUUGGGACAUACACAGGGGGUCUAAAGCACGGGACAGUGUACUCUGGAGGUUCCUCGGACAUGGUGUGUGAUCUCCUGGACGUGAAGGGUAAGGACAUCCUGUAUGUGGGGGACCACAUUUUCGGGGACAUCCUGAAGUCGAAGAAGCGGCAGGGCUGGAAGACGUGCCUGGUGGUGCCAGAGCUGGCGAAGGAGCUGCAGGUGUGGACGGAGAAUAGCUAUCUGUUUGAGGAGCUGAAGAACCUCGAUAUUUAUUUAGCCAAGAUGUACAAGCACCUGGACAGUGGCAGCAAGGUGUGUCCAGACAUCAACACCAUCCAGGCAGAGAUCAAGAAGCUCACGCGGGGGAUGGACAUGUGCUACGGGAUGAUGGGGAGUCUGAUGCGCUGCGGCUCGCGCCAGACGCUCUUCGCCAGUCAGCUGAUGCGCUACGCCGACCUGUACACCGAGUCCUGCCUCAGCCUGCUCUACUACCCCUUCAACUACCUGUUCAGAGCCCCGCCCCUGCUGAUGCCCCAUGAGUCCGCUCUGGAACACUGUCCGCUCGACCUCAACUUGUCUGAACUGUCCGUGGCCAACCAUGUACUGAAGGUCACAGAUGCCAAGGAGGAAGUAGAAAGCAAUGACAGGAAAUGACACGAGCAUGGAGGUGGCGCCCAUCAGUGUUCUGUAGACCGUGUCUGCGUGUGUUUGUGUCUGCAGAAACAGAAUGAAACUGUGGGUGUGAGAGAGAGGGAGAGGAGAGAGAGAGAGAGAGAGAGAGAGAGAAAGACAGCUUUCCAGCAUCCCACAGAUCGUCUCCAUCAUCAGCAAUGUGCAGAGUGUGGGGGGGAGGGGGGUGAGUGAUGUACACACAGCCCAUAAUGUCCUGCGUUUCCCUGGGGACGUAUGGGUGCCUGUGCACACGAUGCGCAGGUUUUUUUAUAGAGUAGCUUGAUUUCAACGCAUAACUCAGUUAAAAUUGAUUGAAAUAGUGACCAAUACUUUUUUUUUUUUUAAAUGGUCGUUCCACAUUUUGUUGCUACGUUUCUGUCUGGCCAGUUCUAUCGCCUCAAAUAUUAUCUUUUUUUUCUCUGUUUUGGGCCGAACUCACCUGUGUAGCAUUAGCCAGAUUUAAGUGUGUUCAUUAGUGAAUAACGAACUUCAUGUAUAAUUCUGGGGUUUGAAUACAUAGAAGAGUCGCUGAUUGUCAGAGAUUGACCUCUUCCUGUUGCCUUGGCGAUGCUGUGUAUGCAUCCCACUCAUUCAGGUCAUACUGAGCGUGACGACCAGCCCACACGCAUGUGCGUCAGCGCACCAAUGGCAGCACCUCACCCUCAGAUCCGAGCCUGUCCAUACAGGGACACGAGCAGGCUGCUCUUCAUGACCUUAUGAGGAUGUCAGGUCACAGAAAUGAUUGGGUUUGUGUUAGGGUUAGGGUUAGGGUUCGGGUUAGGGUUAGGGUUAACCCAGAAAUAGAUUCCACCCUCUCUCUUGCCUACUCCUGACCUAAUGUGGGUUGUUCAUAAACUCAUGAAUAUGUAAAAUAGUUCAGUAAUGUAGGUUAUGUUUGUCCUCACUACCACUACACUCUCUAUUGGGCACUUCCAUUGCAGUUAAGUGUGCAUUCUGUUGGAGUGUUACAUAUUUAUUUCCCUUUAACAGUCCAUUCACACAUCCACCAUCAUCGCCACCACCAUCAUAGUAUUUAGUCAGUGCGUGUGUGCGUUUUAUCUGUGGGAGUUUCAGUUUAAAAGUAUAGUUUUUUUUAUUUAUUUUGCCUUUCAUAAAAUGAGCCAUUCCCCCAGAUUGGUUUUCUUCUGUGAGGCAUCUCAUGUGAAGAUUGGUUGGGUGGUGGGCGGCACGUUGUGGGGGUGCUGACUCAUUGGUAGUUUGGCAGCGCAUUAGUUUGGGGGCGGAACUGUAGAUUAGAAUGUACUGUUCUCCUCCAGCUCAGGGGGUCUUCAGUGUGGCGCAUGAGUCAUUUGGCGGAAACCAUUCAUACCGUUUCGCGACAGCCUUUGAAGGUAAACGCCAGUCAAAACGGAAACGUUUGACCCUGUGCCUUGGUUACCGUGGUGACAGCUGCUGCCUGUGACUGGCUUGUUUUAAGUUUCAGUUUGUGUGCAAAAGAAACUCAAGCAGCUGCAUUAGAACGUCAUAAAUGUAGAAGCCGUGCUACUCAUUCCACAGUCAUUUAAGGAAUUUAAAUUAUUUCUGAUGGUAAAAUGUUCUGGCCACCAAUAUUAUGAUGAAAAAGCAGAUCAGUUAUAAACAUGAAGAUCUCCCUUUAAUAUCACAUUGUCCUAAAUGCCUUUAUUAUAUGUGGACUGAGUGCAUUGAAAUUGUGGCCAUAUUGUGGUUAAGCAACAUUUGCAUUUUUUGUGGUGCAGUAGGUACUGUAGGUUUGUAUUGUUCAUUUAGAUGUCAGUUGUUUAUCAAAGCAGUAAACAGGAAAUAAGUUUCUGUUAGAGGACAUUUUCUUUUUUAACUACAGCAGUUAUGAUUGGAUGCUGAUCCUGUCACUGUGGGUUGGUGUGUCAGUUAUGAUUGGAUGCUGAUCCUGUUGCUGUGGGUGGAUGUGUCAGUUAUGACUGGAUGCUGAUUCUGUCACUGUGGGUUAGUGUGUCAGUUAUGAUUGGAUGCUGAUUCUGUCGCUGUGAGUUAGUGUGUCAGUUAUGAUUGGAUGCUGAUUCUGUCGCUGUGGGUGGAUGUGUCAGUUAUGAUUGGAUGCUGAUUCUGUCGCUGUGGGUGGGUGUGUCAGUUAAGAUUGGAUGCUGAUUCUGUCGCUGUGGGUGGAUGUGUCAGUUAUGAUUGGAUGCUGAUCCUGUCCCUGUGGGUUGGUGUGUCCGUUAUGAUUGGAUGCUGAUCCUGUCGCUGUGGGUUGGUGUGUCCAUGCCUCAGUCACAGAUGUGUCAUCUGGGGGAGUGGUUAUGUUUGCAUUCACAGAGAUUAGGAAGGUACCCAUUGAUUAUCUUCUAAAUUUUAUAUAGAUAUUAGAUAAUAUAGAUUUUUAUAUAUAUAAGCUUUUGGCUUAAUUUGGGGAGUGAUGGGGAGAUUGUUUUUUAUGAUAUUUGGUAAGUAAUUGUGACUUUUAGAAGAGUGAUUUUUUUUAUUGAUCCUGCAUUGUUCCUAUAACUUUGCUGUGAAGUGUUCAAGAGGGCAUGUUCUGCUCCUCCCUCUAACCGUUGGGCUGUGGUCUUACUGUUAUGUAGCACGCUAUAUGACAAAGCAUUUUUCAGAGAAUGGUCCAGGUCAAAUGGAAGAUCAAAGUAUGGAGUAUACUACUAGAUCAGAAUGAGCUUUAAUCAAGGUUUGAGCAAAAUGUUCAUAUUUGAAAUAAAACUUGUCACUGUGAAACUCUAAAUCUAAAUCAGAGUCCGUAUAUAUGGGCAAAACAUGAGUAACAGUGUACUUUUGAGUCUAGAUUGGCCAAACACCUUGCUUAGGGUGGCAUUUCCCAAUGUCUCCACAGUGUGAACAGUUACAUACAGUUCUGCCUGUUUUUAUUAUUGUCAUGCAUCCUAGAAAGAUAGCUGCCUGAGAAACUAUAGCAGUGGUAACCAACCCUGUUCCUGCAGGUCUACUAUCCUGUGGGUUUUCACUCCAAACCCAACAAAGCACACCUCUUUCAACAGCUAGAGCAGGGCUGUCCAACCCUGUUCCUGGAUAUCUGAUGUCCUGUAGGCUUUCACUCCAACCCCAACAAACUACACCUUACUCAACAGCUAGAGCAGGGCGUCCCAACCCUGUUCCUGGAGAUCUACCGUCCUCUAGGUUUUCACUCCAACACUAACAAAGCAUACCUCAUUCAACAGCUAGAGCAGGGCUGUCCAACCCUGUUCCUGGAGAUCUACCAUCCUGUCGGUUUUCACUCCAACACUAACAAACCAUACCUCACUCAACAGCUAGAACAGGGCUGCCCAACACUGUUCCUGGAGAUAAAUUUGUCCUGUAGGCUUUCACUUCAACCCCAACAAAGCACACCUCAUUCUACAGCUAGAGAUCUCUAUGAGCUGCUAAUUAGUAGUCUGCUGUGCCAAAUAAGGGUUGAAAUGAAAGCCUACAGCAUCUUAGACAUCCAGCAACAGGGAUAGUUGCCACUGGGCUAUAGAGGUGUAACUGAUAGCAAAGGGGCAAGCAAAGUGUUGUUGUUAUUAGACUAUAAUGUCUGACCAGAAACAGCAACAUUUGAAAAGCGCAUCUCGUUAGUUUUUAUUUUGGUGUCUGUAACAAUAGUGUUUCUGGAAAAAAAAAAGUUUUGUCUUGUUAGGAGGGAUACAUUUGUCAGUGCCUUAUAUACCAGGCUCAUUGCACUAUAGAAUCCCAUGUUGUAGUGUCUAGCGACACGCUCAUGGUCUGGAGUUUAUUCCUGUGUGCCCCGGUGUGUCCCUGGGGUGGGGGGGGGGUAUUUCCUUCGCUCUGAUUCCAUCUCUUCACUGGAACUCCUCCGGUCGAAUAGGCAGCUGCCGUCCGCCGGCACCACGUCUGCCUAACUGCGCAGCUCUGCUUUUGGACUACGGGGUGAAAAAAGCCCCCUUUUGGGGGAGAACAUGAGCUGGUCUGCGCUCUCCCAAACUGAAGGAGGGAGUCCGACAGGCCAGUGACUACAACUGAGCGAUCCAGCUUCUUAGUUCAAAUUUCACACUUUCAUGAGGACACUGAUAAUAUGUGGCCUUUUUAUGUAAAUAUGAAUAAUGUGUUAGUUGUGAUAUUUAAUGUUUGACAGGCCAUUAAAAUGUACAGUAUGUGUAUUAAUAAAGAUGGAAGAUGACUAUGCCUUGGCUGUGUGUGGGAAUUCUGGGCUGGAUGUGUGUUAUUUUUAAAGAUAAACGUGAAGCAUUCUGAGCGUGAACAGCCCUGGGUAUGUCUGCAAAUCUUUUGAAGCUUCCACACUUCACACUUUCACAAAAGCUGAAAUUUAUAUGCGUAUUAUCUUAUGAUUUAUACCCAGUGUACCGAUGGGAUUAGUGGAUGUUGCUUUUAAAGCCAUUUCAAGUAAUUUGUAUGCAAUGUGAUAAAAUGUAAUAAAAUUUGACAAAUUAAUGAUGACUGGUAACAGAAAUGCUGAUGUACAAGGGGAAGAUCCAGGGAACUACAGGCCCAUUAGUUUACCCAAUCCCGUGUAUAAUUUUAGAAUUUUUAAUUUGUGCUACAUUUAAACUGGCUGUUUCAAUUUCAAUUCAAGUGACAUAAUCCAAUUUAUUUUACAUAACACUGCUCAACAUCUCAAUCACAAAAUCCAAUGGCUUCUUUGUACCAGGUUUGUACACCCAAGUGCAGAUCUUAGGUUCAGCAGCAGAAGAAAAUAAAAUCUUAAUUUUAA